AAAAAAUGUUUUAUUACUUUCGUUAGUAAUUUCUUUAGUACAUCAGAUGUCUUUCCACGUAAUCAGACGAGAUAUUUUACCAACUUUACUUGAGCGCAAUUCUUCAGCUGAAAAUAACUUAAACGAAUCAUCAAUCGUUCAAGGACCAAUCCCUACAACACUUAGUGUUACAAAAACAACACUUCCAGAAAAUCAUUCAACGGAAAUGUUUUCAAUUACAACUAUUCAGUCACACUUUUCGUCAAAUGAAGCCACGAUAGCGCAAAUUUUUACAGACUCAACUCGAACCAAAUUUAUUGAGUCACUUCAAUCUGAAUUAACUUGCAAUGUCGUCAACUGUCUUUUACCGUCAUGCCGAUGCGCAGGAGCAGAUAUACCUGGCGGAUUAUUAAAAGUAAACACUCCACAAAUGAUCCUAUUAACCAUGGAUGACGGUGUUACUCCAGAAAACUAUCAGCUUUACAAUGAGUUACUUAAUGGCUCAACUAACUUUAAUGGUUGUCCGAUAAAAGCAACGUUUUUUGUAUCUGGCGAUAAUUCCGACUACGCUUACGUUAAAAAAUUACAGCAAAGCGGCCAUGAGAUAGCAGAUCAUUCGGCAACUCACAGAUUACCAGAAGAAUGGUGGAGUAAAACAGCCGCUUUAGAAGACCUGCAAAUGGAAAUUUUAACGCAAAAAAAUACUAUUCAGCAAGAAGUUGGAAUUACCACACUUGGAUGGAGAACGCCAUUUCUUGCAAGCCAAGAAAAUACAUUUAAAGUGUUAACUGAAAAUCAGUUUUUGUAUGACAGUUCGUUAGGAACCAAUCCGGGUACACGGUGGUGGCCAUAUACAUUGGAUUACUUACCUUCUUUGCCGUGCUACAUGGCUAACUGCCCAACAUUUGCGUAUCCUGGAAUAUGGGAAAUCCCAUUGGUUGCAUUGCAAUGCGACGAAUCAGCUACCACGUUUGCUACUAUGCUCGAUGAGUGUACAAAUUUAGAAACUGAAGAAAGCACGUAUAACAUGUUAAUGACCAACUUUAGGCUUCACUACGAGGAUAAUAAGCAACCUUUCCCAAUGUUCAGCCAUUCUUCUUGGUUCAAUAAUGCAGCUUAUAGGAAAGAUGCUGUCAUAAGGUUUAUGAAUGAUGUCCGAAAGUUAAACGACGUUUACUUUGUCACUGCACAACAGGCGAUUCAAUGGAUAAAAUCGCCAAUUGGUGUUGAUAAAAAGCCGUUUUUGUGUAAUCUAUAAAUAGUAUUUCUACAUCAGAAAAAGAUUUUUUUAACAAAUGUCAUAUGUAAUUUAUAUUUAUAAAA